GUCCAGUGCGACAGAUGUUGAUAUUGAUGGACCGAUCUGGCUUAACGGGGUACUAGUCUUAACAGGACACAGCGAGGACUGAUUUCAGGCACAGGUGGAGCAGGCGCCAGCCAUGCUGCUACAACCGCACUUGUUGCUCGAACCUUUACCAUCGCAGUCGCCCAUAAUGGACAGUAUGUGGGGAAGCUGAUGAAGAGUAUGUUGGUUGAAGUAGUAUCUGAAGAGUUGCGAUUGCUCUGCCCUGCGUUGCUUGCCUUGGGUUUGUUGUAGAUGGAGAAGUUUCGGGACUGGAGGCUUCCCCUCCCCUCUCGCCAGCCUCUCCUGCUCCCUCAGCCUCCUUCCCGCAACCGCCCUCGUUCCUCCAAUUUGGCCCGACCCCGUGCAGCCAUGGCCGCCUCUGACUCUCUCGGGUUGAGGUCGCCAUCUUUGGCGCCCUUUGGCCUCCUCCUCGCGCUGCUCCAAUUUUCGAUCAGCAAGACAUGGAUGUACCCCUUGCUGCACGACAGCUUCCAUUCAGGUUUCCAAAGAGUUGGCGCAACCAAGGGACUUACAACAUAGUGCGGCUCACGUACUGUACCUUUACCGUGAGAUGUCACCAAAAACACGCUUGUUGCGUAAUGGCCCCCGAACUAUUGCCUGUCUGUACAGGUAUAG